CUAUUCUGGAAGCAAGAAGGUGAGUGGUGUGUGUCAACGAACGACCACACGCUGCCGAGAAGUCGUGAGCACACCAUCAUCACCAUCAGCAGCUGCAGCAUCAUCAUCGUCGUCGUCGCAGACUCACCACGCUGCGCUCUCAACUCAACAACACCACCACUGUUCUCUCUCUCUAUCUCUCUCUUUCUGUGCAUACGUCGGCGGGAAGGCACCCGUGGUUGAUUUAUCAGCUGGGGUUCGAGCACAGGCUGCUGGAUUUAUUUUGGUCAUCGCCGUCGCAGUUGCUGUUGUAGUUGUUUGCUGGCAUCACCAUGACGGGAAGGAAACGCAAACACUCCCCAGACCACUCGCACAAGCGCCGACCACAGGACGAUGGUCACAUGCGCGUGCGCACACAAGACCAAUUGCGUGCGCCAGACACAACGUACACUGUCGACAAGCGCCUUGGUGAAGGCACUUUUGGCCGCGUGUACGAAUGCACGAGUGGAGGUCACAGGGUUGCGGUCAAGAUUAUUCGAAACAUUCCCAAAUACAUAACCGCUGCGCAAGAAGAGCGGAAAAUCUUGACCUGCAUCUCCAAACGAGAUAGCGAGCAGCAGCAUCCGUGCGUCCAUCUGCUGAACUACUUUGAACUGGAUGGCCACGUGUGCAUGGUGUUUCCGCUGCUCGGCCAAAGCCUCUAUGAUGUCCUCAAGGACCACUCCUUCAUCCCUUUUACAAUGGAGACUCUGCGCUCCAUCUCCCACCAGUGCAUUGCCGCCCUCACUUUCUUGCAUCGAAACAUGAUCACACACACGGACAUUAAGCCAGAGAACAUUCUCUUUGAAGGCCCCGUCAACGUCAAAGAGCUGUUCUCCAAACCAACCGAGCUGCACGUCGACAACCCGCGCAUCAAGAUGAUUGACUUUGGGUCGGCCACGUUUGAUUGGGACUACCACACGCGCGUCGUCACCACAAGGCAUUACCGCGCCCCAGAAGUCAUCCUUGAGACGGGCUGGUCGCAUCCGUGCGACAUCUGGAGCAUCGCAUUUGUGCUGCUCGAGCUCUACACGGGCGAAACCACCUUUCAGACACACGACAACGUUGAGCACCUUGCGCUGAUGGAGGCGCUGCUUGGCCCUCUGCCGCCGUCCAUGCUCAAGGAGUCAUCGAAGCGGUAUGGCGAUGCUGACGGGCUGCUGCGGUGGCCGGAGCUUGCAGAGGGCACGUCGAGCGUGCGGUAUGUGGGCGACCGACCGGAGCGGCUUGACGAAUACUUCACGUCGCUGCCGGAGGACCAGCAGAUGCUGUCGUUUAUCCGCGCCAUGGUCGCAUAUGAGCCCGCAGACCGCGCAACGGCGGCAGAGCUCAUGCACCACGACUUUUUUGUCAAUCCAGUCCCCACAUCCGUCAAAGAGAAGCGCAGCUGACGCUUUGUGAUCCCCCCCCUCCCGAUUUUGACCUAAUUGCUCCCCUUCCUCCCUUCCUUUCCUUCUGUUGCGGUCGCUGAUCUGUACACUUCUUCCCCGUGUUUUUGCCUGUUGAUGGCUGAACGCGUCCUUAUUUUUGUCGUCUCGUGUCUCUUUGCCUCUCUUGCAUGUGUGCCGCUGGCCCGACUUGUAGUGACAUGACAUGACACUGAUGUAGGGUCGCCAUGUUCUUGUUCUUACGUUAGUGUGUAUGAAUAACCUCUCUCAUCGACAGACAAGUCGGCAUUAGACGAAGCGACAUGCGUCAACACAAGCAA